UACUUCAAGCGUGCAUACCCUGAAUUGGGACACAGCCCAUGUUUUCUACAACUGGAUCCGCUAUCCCUGCCCAUUGCGCGCUACCGACGGAGGGGAAACGGAGGAUAACUACUAAAACGUAAAUGCGCGUCAGAGAGAUUAUAACGGACCAAUAAAAAUCAGCUGAUAUCAGCGUGAUUGAUCUGCAGCAGAAUGAACAGCGCAGCUAUGUACCCACCUGUCAUGGCACCCCAAGCCAAUAUGUUUGGAAAUGUCCCAGGCUAUGAAGGCACUGUGCCAGGAGGAGGAGGUUUCCUGCCCCCUCCCAUGCCCAUGGAGCCAGUAGCCCCACCCCAACCCGGCCCUGAAAAUCCUGAAUGGAGCAUCCCCUCUCUGUCUGAGGAUGAGGCUCGGGAGGCAUUCAGGGAAUUUGUGUCGUCUCAUUGCUGCUACAGUGACGCUCCGGUCACUGAGGGAGAAAUCACCUCCAUGGAGCCAUUCAACACAUUUAGGUACCGUCUAGAGACGUUCACUGAGUCCAGGUCAACUGAGUGGGCAGAGAAACCAUAUGAAGGUGAGCCUGCUGACUUUUACACCCAGCCCGCUCCACGACCAUGGGAGGUCCAGGCCACCCCCCCCAAACUCUUCAGUGACCAUAAAAUGAAGAUCCGGGUGCCAUACACGUCCUCUGUCAAGGAAUGCUACACCUGCCAUGCAACAGGUAUAGAGCAAUGCACUGAGUGCAAUGGAUGUGGAAAAAAAUCUUGUUGGGUGUGUAAUGGUACUGGAGUGAAGUUCGAUGCAGCCUGCAGUCACUGCAACGGCACAGGCAAAGAAAGUUGUAGUAAGUGUAAUGGCAGAGGGAAAAAGGAGUGUCAAACCUGUAAAGGAAAACGCCAACUGCUGACCUACAUCGAGCUCAAAGUGGAGUGGAAAAACAAUGUGGAAGACCACGUGGUGGAGCAUAACUCUGGUUUAAAGACUGAUAAGCUGAGCUCAGUGAAUGGGAAGGAGCUGUUCAAGAACAGCCAGAACUUGGUUUACCCGCUGUUUGGGUUUCCAAACCCAGCAGUCUCUCAGACCUCUGAGCGUCUGAUCAAAGAACAUCAAACUAAGUAUGGCCAAACCUCCAGGAUUCUGCAGCAGAGGCAGACGGUUGAGCUGAUCCCCAUCACCAGGGUGAACUACAAGUGGAAAGACAACACCCACGCCUACUAUGUGUACGGCAAAGAGCACAAAGUCAAUGCUGACGACUAUCCAGCAACCUGCUGCUGCGUCAUCCUGUAGACUAUUCUGCAUCCCACACAAAGAACAUCAUACCAAAGUAAACAUAGUGGUGGGAGUGAAUUAAAUUAAGGAUUUGGAGUAGCUUGGUCAAAGUCUAGACUGAAAUUCAUUUCAGAUGCUUUGGCAUAGUCUUUAAUAUGCCAAAAUCACAGAUGAGUUAGAAUCUCAGUGGUCAGGGGUCACAUUUUCUGAAAAUCUUUGUCGCCAGUAUUUUAGCAUGCCAUGUCCCUCUCUGGACUUUUUUAUUCUUUUCUUUUUCAUGUUUAUUGAAGCAUAUCAUAUAGUGUCUGUUGCAUUUGCUAAACAUCCUAUAUCUGUAAAAGAAACGAGGAUCAAUAUAAAGGUUAAUUAUUGCUUAGCUCUAAGUCACCAUGAAAAGCUUCUAUAUUUGCUUUUUCAUUCACAUGUUUUUCUGACAGUCUACUCUGUACUUAAAUGCAUUCUGGGAGAAGGAAGGAAGGAAAAAGGCUCAGUUCAUAUGGCCUGAAGCGAGUUGGUGACAGAAUGACAUAUUAGUAGCUCGACUCUGUUUUCCGCUCACCUCACUUUAGCAGACCAAUAUGGGGCCGCACCACAGCAAUCUGCCACAGUGUCUUAUUCAUCUACUGUGAAAAAGACAAUGAGAUACUUGAACUCCUCCACUUAAGGCAGCAACCCUGAGUUGACCAUGCACUCCUUCCUUCUAUAAAAAAUAUAUGAUAUGAAUUUUGAGGGGCUUGUAGGUGCACCUUAUCAGCAUUUGAAAAUUAUAAAAUAUGAAAAAUUUUGAACAUUACAGUUUUAUAAUUAACUGUAAUCAGUUAAUUAUAAAACUUGAAUGUCUCCAAAACAAUUUUCCAGGUGCACAUCUGACAAUAGGAGUCACAGUAAGACCGCUCACAUCUUUAGCUGACGUAAUUGCAACCAUAGACUGUAUAUAAAAGCUCAUGCUAAAUAGCUUUUUAAACUCUUCCAGUUGCUAAAUGUAGUCCAAAUGUAAAGACAUGUAUAAGAAAAUGCCCAUUAGCUGCCUUUCUCUGUCAGCUCAGUAGACUUUUAUGAUGGAGUUAAGUUUAAGUUGCUAAUCUCUGGUCUUACUGAAUACAGCAUGAUGUUGCCUUGGUAAUUAUAGACACCACUACAGUCAAAAAGGAGUAUAAAAUACGAUAUGCCUCAAGCCAGUGUGUGAUGCGUCUCCUCCUUUUUCACAUCAGGUAUUAAAGCACCAAGACAGCAGUAGUCAUAAUCAUCAGCUUAAGGCUUUGAGUCUUCACAUUGGAACUUCCCUAAUCAAUGCAGAACAUUGACUAUAUCCAUCUAUUAUAUACCAUAUGUCUGCAAAAACUAAAGAAAUACACAAAACCACGCAACCCUUUAGACUGGCUUCCUUCAAGACUGCAAAAAUCCUGUAGGAGGCAUUGUCCGACUCAGAGGGUCUGCCUUUCUGCUGGCUGUUACUUCUCUUUGAUAUUCAGGAGGAAAUUAGUUCUGUUAAAACUGUUAAACUGUUAAAAAUAUUUUUAUGUGCAUUUAUUUUUUUAUGUGCAUUUACUUAAAUAUGUAUUCUGUUUACCAUUUGAAGAUUUUAGUUUUAGUUUUGUUUUUAGUUAAACAGGUAACACAGUUCUUAUUUUGAUAAUAUAACCACCAACUUUUCUCUUUUAUAAUUUUGUUUCUUCUGAAUGUAACCCCUAAUGUCAGAUUGUUCCAGAACACAUCUCAAUUGUAAAAAUAUGGAUUUAAAAUAUGGACAUCACCAUUUACUAAGUGGAAUGCUCUUUUAUCAGCAUAGCCUGCCUUACCUACAUACAGGUACAUUUUUGCUCAUAACCUGGUGGGCCUGAUUGUUAUUACAUGUUAUGAUCUGUUAUCACUGUGGUGUAUUAAUGGUAUGUUAGUCCUUAAACUGAAAAAUAAAAUCUGAGACUCAUCUGCUUCUUUCCCAUAUUUCCAUCAAGCUGGGGAUGCAUAGAAAUGAUGAUAAACAGAAAGAAGUGAAGAUUUUGUAAUAUCUGCAGUGAUCCGAGUAUUUAUCAGUCCAAGUCUUUACUCAUUUUUGUGACUUAGGAUUUCUUGUUGAAAAGAAUUCUACUGUAACGCACCAGAAAAGGAGAGAAGUUGUCCUUCAUUUAGUUUCGAACUAAUAAAUGUUGCAAUCUUCAA